GUGUGUGUGCAUUGGGGAGGGGGGCGUAUUUGCGUGUGUGCAUGUAUUUUGGAUUUCCUUUUUUCUCUUCCCCCCCCAAAUAGCGACUCAAGAACAGCAGAGGCGGUGAGAGAGGCAGGUAGCUAUACACAUCUCUGUAGAUCUAUAUUUUGCAUUUCUCAGGAGCUGAUGAGCGAUUUGCAAGGCUGGAGGUGUUGGGGGCUGGGUUCGGGCCCCCGGAGAAUUUAUUAUUAAUAUUGUUAUUUAGGAGGAAGAUCUGCAGCCUCCCUAGUUUCCAGAGCCCCUUGUAGACCUUUUGAUUUUUUUGAACGAACAGCCUGGAUUGAAUUCCCCUGGUUGCCCUCCCAUCAGAUCUGACGUUUGCAUUUUGAAAAUCUUGCCCUGAAACGCUGUGCUGGGUUUCGGGUCAAUUUGAUUUAUCGUCGAUUGUUUUCCACGUGUAUUUAAAAAUGUUCUGAUUGGCGUUUUAGAACCCUUUAUUUAAAGAAAUGAAUGGAAGUUUGAAAAACCAGCUAUAAAUUCUUUGCAAGAUGCAACCUGGGGCUUUUUAAAGGCGAUGCAGAGGGAGCAUGAUCCAGGUUUAUAACGUUCACACAUUACAUUAAAGCAGUGUACAAUCUGUGCACUUGUGUACACCAAUGGCAGAUACUGUCCACAUGUAUGUGCAACCAGGGUAGUUAAAGUGUCCAAAUCGACACGUGUGAUCUCUUACAUGCAAACACUAACACGUGUAGAGGCAACAUGUACCUGCCUUUAGUGUAAUGUGUGAGCAAGCCUAAAAUGAUGCAGGAGGCGGAGGAAGGGUGGAGGUACGAGGAUAGCUCAGUGAGGAAAGCUCAGUCGUACUGUUUUGGGGAACAGGGGGUGGGCAGGUUUGGGGGGUGCUCCCUGGUCCUGAAUGGGGUAACUGUGCCCCUGAAGGACUAGGUGUGCAGCCUGGGAAUCAAUUUGGACGCACAGCUGUCCAUGGAGGCGCAGGUCAAUUCUGUGUCCAGGGCAGCUGUCUAUCAGCUCCAUCUGGUACGCAGGCUGAGACCCUACCUGCUCGCGGACUGUCUCGCCGGAGUGGUGCAUGCUCUAGUUAUCUCUCACUUGGACUACUGCAAUGCGCUCUACGUGGGGCUACCUUUGAAGGUGAUCUGGAAACUACAACUAAUCCAGAAUGUGGCAGCUAGACUGAUGACCGGGAGUGGCCACUGAGACCAUAUAACGCCGGUCCUGAAAGACCUACAUUGGCUCCCAGCACGUUUCCGAGCAAAAUUCAAAGUGUUGGUGCUGACCUUUAAUGCCCUAAAUCAUCAGCGUGUUUUUACAUGAGUAGAAUGUGUCCUUUUAUUUAAAAUGCGUCUCUGGGUUAUUUGUGGGGCCUGCCUGGUGUUUUUACAUGAGUAGAAUGUGUGCUUUUAUUUAAAAUGCAUCUCUGGGUUAUUUGUGGGGCCUGCCUGGUGUUUUUACAUGAGUAGAAAGUGUGCUUUUAUUUAAAAUGCAUCUCUGGGUUAUUUGUGGGGCAUAGGAAUUUGUUCAUUUCCCCCCCCCCUCCAAAAUAUAGUCCAGCCCCCAGGUCUGAGGGACAGUGGACCGGCCCCCUGCUGAAAACGUUUGCUGACCCCUGCCCUAACCAGCAUCAGCCCAGUAUUCCUGAAGGAGCAUCUCCACCCCCAUUGUUCAACCCGGCCACUGAGGUCCAGCUCCGAGGGCCUUCUGGUGGUUCCCUCCUUGCGAGAAGUGAGGUUACAGGGAACCAGGCAGAGGGCCUUCUCAGUAGUGGCACCCGCCCUGUGGAACGCCCUCCCAUCAGAUGUCAAGGAAAUAAACAACUACCUUACUUUUAGAAGACAUCUGAAGGCAGCCCUGUUUAGGGAAGUUUUAAUGUUUGAUGUUUUAUCGUGGUUUUAAUAUUCUAUUGGGAGCUGCCCAGAGUGGCUGGGGAAACCCAGCCAGAUGAGUGGGGUAUAAAUAAAUUAUUAUUAUUAUUAUUAUUAUUAUUAUUAUUAUUAUUAUUAUUAUUAUUAUUACAGGAAACCUAAUCUCAAGGUCAUGGGUUCGAGUCCCAUAUUGAGCAAAAGAUUCCUGCAUUGCAGGGGGUUGGACUAGAUGACCCUCGGGGGUUCUUUCCAACUCUGCAAUUCUAAGGGGUUUUUCCCCCCUCUUACAAUUAUCAUCCUCAUGGUUUCUAGGCACAAGUGGAGGUAUGGAAGAGUCCUUGGAGGAAACAAGGAGGACCUGAAUGCAAUGACACAGCUCUUCCUGCCUGAAAUUCCCAGGAGCCAUUAUUCAGAAGCAAUUCCUCCCUCUCGGAGUGGAGGCUCAACGUUGCCAUUGGGACUAGUAGGCAUACCUAAUCUUCCUUUGUGAAGCUGUCAUAGAAUCAUCAACAACAGCGAUUUAUUAUUUAUACCCUGCCACUCUGGGUGGCUCCCAACAGAAUAUUAAAAACACAAACAUAAAAAAUCUCAAAGUCUUUCCUUUUCGUACUGAAUUUCUCACCAUUCAGCUUCAUCGGUUGACCCCGUUGGGUUCUGGUGUUCUCCAAGAGAGGGGAGAAACCUCCACACAUCAUAAUUUUAUACAUGUAAGGCCUAACAUGCAUAGGAUGUGCUGUAGGAUUGUCACUAACGCAUUUUAGGAAAUCUGAACGUUUCGGAAAGCAAAGCUUGGAUUCAAAGCUCCCUACUUUCUCAGAUUUCGGAAUGUUUCCUUCGCCGUCACGGCCCUGUUCUUGAUUUGUUGGCAGGACAAAAGGGCCGUUGAGCAUGAUGGAGCCGCCCUCUCACAGCUUCCUGCUCCAGUCCGCGGGGAUGCAGUGCCGGGUGAAGCAGGAGCCUGACGAAGGUUGGGGGUCGCCCGAGUUCUUGACGGUUGUGCAGAUCUCUGACGGGAGGCUCAGAAAUCCGGAUGCGCCGUGGGACGAGGCAGAGGCUCCCAUUGAGGGCGGGGUCGCUUCUAGCCAGCGGGCUGGGAAAAAGCAACGGGUAGUGUGCGUUCCAGGCCUCAAAGGAGAUUCGGAGCAGAUGUAUGCUACCGAUGUUGUUGACAGAGCCUCUCUGCAAGCCUACGAGAGCCGCGAUGGAGAACGGGCGCCAGUGAAGGAAGAGGCCUUUUGCGAGUUGGAUUCCCUGGAGGCAGAGGCCUAUCGCCAGUGUUUCCGGGCCUUCCUCUACCAGGAGGCCGAGGGGCCGAGGGAGGCGUGCCGGCAACUCUGGGAACUUUGCCGGCACUGGCUGAAGCCGGAGAGGAACUCCAAGGGGCAGAUCCUGGAGCUGCUGAUCCUGGAGCAGUUCCUGGCCAUCCUGCCUCUGGAGAUUCAGAGCUGGGUCAGGGAAGGCACACCAGAGACCUGCUCCCAGGCGGUGGCGCUGGCCGAGGAUUUCCUCCUGAGGCGGGAAGAGGCGGAGGAGAGACAAGGAAAAGAGGUGCUGCUUCAUCAGGUGUCUGCCAGUCUCCCGGAAUCAGAUGGUGCUCCGUUGGGUAUUGAAGCAAAACAGCUUUUCAGGGAACCUAAGCAGGAGGAGGAGGACAAUGACGAAGGCACCGAAACUGGGGGUUUCAGUUGGGCUCAUGACGAUAAGGAAGAGGAGAAGGAGGAGAAGCCAUGUCUGGGGGCCCCUGAGCAAAUGGAACCACAGUGUUUGUCCAGAGAAAGACUCUCCUGGUGCGAGGAGAAUGGAGCCAUUUCUGCACAUCAGCCCAACUCAGAACACCCUGGAAAACGACCAGGCAGCUCCCUUCCUCCUUGGGGAGGUGACGAGGAUCUUGGUGGAAGUGAAGAGGAGGGGAUCCUCCAGCCCAAAGAAGAAAGUUCCUGUGUUCUGGGCGAGAAGACCCUUGGUCAUAUUUGCCACCAGAGGAUCCACGCAGGAGGGAAACCACACAGUUGCACGAUGUGCUCGGAAACCUUUGUGCUGAGAUCUGGGCUGGUUGCCCACGACAGGACAACGCACGCAGGAGAGAAGUCAUAUGCCUGCCUGCACUGCGGGGAAAGCUUUGACACGAGCUCCCAUUUCGCCUGGCACUUGCGGAGCCAUGCCGGGGAGAAGCCGUACGAGUGUUUCAAGUGCGGGAAGAGCUUCCGCAACAACCAUUCCUUCACCAGCCACCUGCGGAGCCACGUCGGGGGCGAGCCCUUCGAGUGCUUGCGCUGCGGGAAAAGCUUCGGUGCCCGCUCGGAUCUGAUCCGGCACGACAGGUCGGACGCGGGCAAGAAGCCCUACCAGUGCUUGGAUUGCGAGAGGAGCUUCGGCCAGAGCUCGCAGCUCACCGCCCACCGGCGGGCCCACGCGGGAGAGAAACCUUACACGUGCCGCGAGUGCGGGAAGAUCUUCAGCCGGAGCUCGCACCUCCACGGGCACCAGAGGAUGCACUGCAGCGAGAAGGCGCACAAGUGCCUGGACUGCGGGAAAACCUUCAGCGGGAGGUCGCACCUCAACCGGCACCAGAGGAUCCACACGGGGGAGAAGCUCUUCAAGUGCUUGGUGUGCGGGAAGAGCUUCUGCAUGAACUCGGACCUGGUCGCGCACGAGAGGAUCCACACGGGGCACAAGCCAUACAAGUGCGCCGACUGCGGGAAGAGCUUCAGCCAGAAGCAGCACCUCACCAGCCACCAGAGGACCCACACGGGCGAGAAGCCCUACGUCUGCCUCCACUGUGGCAAGGGAUUCAGCGUCAGCUCCAACCUCAACACGCACGAGAGGACGCACACCGGCGUGCGGCCCUUCAAGUGCUCCGACUGCGGGAAGAGCUUCAGCCAGAAGUCGCACCUCAUCGGCCACCAGAGGAUCCACACAGGGGAGAAGCCCUACCUGUGCGUCGACUGCGGCAAGAGCUUCAGCUCCAGCUCGAACCUGAUGGCGCACGCGAGAACCCACAGCGGGGAGAAAGCAUAGGGUCCUUGGGGAGGGCUGCGGGAAAGACAUUGGCGCCUCGGUUUUUGAACGCCUCCAUUGACAAACAUUUCGGUUUUCGAACGCCGUCAACCCGGAAGUAAAUGCUUGGGUUUUUGAACACGCUUCGGGAGUCGAACAUGCCAUGCAGCUUCCGCUAAGUGCAAGAUCCUGAGGCCUAGCUGUCGGCUAUCGAGUUUUCGGUUUUCAAACUUUUCAGAACUCGAACUGUCUUGCCGAAUGGAUUACGUUUGAAAACCGAGGCACCACAGUAAAUCCGACAGGCAAGGGGUCUUGGUCAAGUAAACGCCCUGCUUUCAGCAGCACUCAUUCCACCGGCUGCCGUUCAGAGACAGCCUCUAGACAUGUCCUCCAUGAAUUUGUCUCACCCCAUUUUAAAGCCGUCCAAAUUUGGCCUCCUAUGGGAGCAGAUGUCAUAGCUAAACUCUGUGCUGUGUGACCAAGCACCUCUUUUUGUCUCUCCUGAAUCUCCCGACGUUCACCUUCAUUAGGAUAGAGGAAGCUGUCGCAUCCCGAGUCAGACCAUUGGUUUACUUAGCUCAAGACUGUCUACACUGACUGGCAGCAGCUCUCUGAGAGUUUCAGGUGGGGGUUCUCCUCCUGCCUUCUCGGAAGAUGCUAGGGAUUUUGAACCUGUGACUUUCUGCCUCUGGUUUAUAUUUACUCGCAAGAAUUGGAAUCUGCAUUCCGCCAAAUAGAAUUCCCUUUUCCUUGUACCACCACCCUGAUAUUCCCAAUGGUCGAUAUUGUAGGAUUUGGGGAUCUUAGGGGUGGGUUGGAGGGGGGAAACUAAAGAUAUAAAGGACUGUGUAUGGCAUGUUGGUACUCAGCUGUUGGUGACUUGUAAGGCAAUAAAAACUAAGACAGAAGAGGGCGAAGGUUGAUCUCUGAUGCCCCCAGAUACAGGGUUAGAUCUUACCGGCGAGGAAAUUUCAGUUGAGCGUUAUGAGAAACCUAGAUUCCACACAGGCUGCUUUUUUAUCACAGGGGCAUUCCGCAACCUGACACAUUCAACGUGCGUUCUGCAGCCUGCCAAUAAUAGUGCAAUUGGUAGGGAUUUAUACCUGACUGUCCACACAUCAUCCUUUAUCAGUUUGUUCUGCAGCGCUUCCCUGACCUUCCCACAUUAUUGCAUCUACAUUUUAAGAACAUAAGAAGUGGAUCACGCCAGGGACCCGUCUAGUCCAGAUUCCCCAGUGGGAAGUCAAUCAAU